UUCUCAUUGUUUAUGUAGAUUCAGAGUAACACGGCUACCCCUCUGAUACUUGUCCUACAUUCAUGAAACUCUUAAAGUCAUUAAUAUUGGCAACUUUUUGAGAUGGAGGCACCUUUAGAAAGAGCCAGAGCAGCCUUAGUACACAUCAGAAUCAGGCCCUUGAAACAUCGAUUCCAGUGAAAUAAGGUUUUGGUCUGUGAUUGGAAUCUUACUGGACUUGGAGGGAGCAGACUUUUAUCAGCAGACACCAGAGAACUUCAAUUUCACUGUACACUCAGAAACUGAUGAAAAGAUAUUUCCACUCCUAAGAACUGAAAGUGUAACAUGCUCAGAAAGAACAAGGUUGCUUGAAACCUUAGAGUUUAAGGAUUUUGAAUUAGUUUGUUUUGAGAGUCAAAUUGACAAUUUGUGUUUUAAUAAUAAAGUUUUAACUUUUUGACUCAGUGUUUACUGUUAUUGAAUAAUUACUGUCUGAGCCAAAUAUUGCCUGGCUCUCCCCCUAUAAUUUUCCACAACUGUGAAAAUUGAAAAUAAAAACUGUGCAACUGGGAGUGUGUAACUAAAUACAUAUGAAAUCUUCAAAUAUUAAUUUUAUCAACAUUGGACAUUACACAUACAAUGGAUUCUGCACAAGCCUCAUUUCUAAUCACAUGCACCAGGGCUGUGAUGUCACGAGUUGGCUCUUUUCCAUCCAGCAAACAGUCUGUGUCAGUCAUCAACAAGAAGGGAAACACCCUGAUUGCUGUAAGUGAGGCACAGAGUGAGCGUAGGAAUUCGAAACUUAUCUUGUUAGCCAGCCCAGAGGAAGCCAUGGCAGCAGCAAACCCUGUGGAGAGUCUCCGGGAAGAAGCGAAAUGUCCCGUCUGCCUGGAAUAUUUCACAGCCCCUAUCAUUCUGGCAUGUGGGCACAAUUUCUGCCCUGCCUGCCUCAGCUGGUGCUGGGGGAGACCCAGCCCAGCCACCUCCUGCCCACAGUGCAAAGACCCUGUGCAGCAGGGACCUCUCCAGCUCAAGAGUCAGCUGGUAAAUGAUAUAGAAACAGCCAGUUUGCAGGCAGGAAAGGCAUCAGGAGGAAAGAAUAGAUGUGAGAAGCACCAGGAGGUGCUGAAACUGUUCUGUGAAAAGGACCAAAUCCCCAUCUGUUUGGCUUGCAACAGAUCCCACGCUCACAGAACUCACAAGGUAGUUUCUAUAGAGGAGGCUGCUCAGCAGUACAAGGGAAAAAUCCAGGCCCAUUUGAAAACUCUUAGGGAAGAGAGAGAGAAGCUGCUGGGAUUUAAAGCAACUGGAGAGGAGAAAUGCCAGGAGUAUCUGAAACAGAUAGAAAAGGAGAAGCAGAAGAUUGUGGCUGAAUUUCAGCAACUGAGUCAGGUCCUGGCAGAACAAGAGCGACUCCUGCUGGCCCAGCUGGAAAAGAUGGAUAAGGCAAUUGUGAAGAUACAGAAUGAAAAUAUCACUAAACUCUCGAAGGAGAUUUCCCGUCUCAGCGAGCUGAUUGGUGAGCUGGAGGGGAAGGAUCAGAAGCCAGCCAAUGAAUUCCUGCAGGACAUCAGUAGCACCUUGAGCAGGGGUAGGACAGGGAAGGGAAAGUUCCAUCAGCCAGUGAAGAUUUCUCCUAAACUGAAAGUGAGACUCAGUAAUUUCUCUGAGAAAACUGUCGCUCUAAUGAAGACUCUGAAGACAUUCAAAGAUACACUGCCAUCUACUCUGGAGAGAAAAAGAGGGAAAUCCCAAGAACCAUUCAGACUGGCAAUUAUGACUCUGGAUCCAGAUACGGCCCAUCCCCGACUCAUCCUAUCUGAGGAUAAGAAAAGUGUGAGAUGGGGAGACACACGGCUGGAUCUGCCCGAUACUCCUGAGAGAUUUGACAUUGCGUUCUGUGUGCUGGGCUGUAAAGGCUUCACCUCGGGGAGACACUACUGGGAGGUGGCGGUGGGAGGUGGACAACACUGGGGAGUGGGGGUGGCCAGAGAGUCUGCAAUUAGGAAAGGACAGAUUAGCCGUAGCCCUGAGGGGGGCAUCUGGGCUGUGGCGCUGUGGGGGGGUAGGUUCCGGGCUCUCACCUCCCCUCUGACCCGCCUGCCCCAGAGCUGGGCCCCCAGCAGGAUCCGAGUGUGUCUGGACUGUGACCUGGGGCAGGUGACAUUUAUCGAUGCUGAUGACAAGACCCCUCUCUUCAGUUUCCCGCCAGGCUCUGUUCUUGGGGAGACAAUCCAACCUUGGCUCUGGGUUGGACAUGACUCUCCACUCAGACUGUCCCCGAGACAUGGAGAGAAUAUCUAGCUAGGGACCCUGAGAUCAGCUUCUCUAGUCUGAGGCAUCCUAAGCUGUAUGACAAGGAUAGGCAAUAAAACAGCAGUGGUUCACCAGGAUUAGUCCCUGAUGGGCCACUGCAGCUAUAUUUACCUGCUCCUCCACAGGUAUUGCUGGGAACAUUGAUCUGUGGCCAAUGGGAGCUGUGAUUCCCCAGACCUAUAGAGGUGUAGGUAACUUGGGGCGGGGGGCUGCCAGGGGCUAACCCUGGUGGACCAGAGUCAAACUUGGGUUGGUAUUUGCCCACCUAUGCUGUACUACCUCACUCAUUCUUUCAUGAUAUAUCUAUGACCUUGGAGGUUGCUGCAGGUCUCAGCUCUGUGCAGCCUCUGGCCUGUCCAACCCCAGAGAGCACUGAGUGAGCGAGGUAGAGAAUCAGAUCUCCUGGCCCCAGGGAUUGUGCAGCCCGUUUGCCGCUGUCCUCUAUGGUCCAGGGGGAUUCUGGGUCGGACAGUGGCCUGAGACAUGGGGGAAGAACAGCCCACUGGGAAUGAAAACAUGGGCUUCUCUUCCCACAGUUAUUCCAGCGCUAUGGCCUGGAGGACCCCUGUCUACUCAGUCCUUUGGCCUCUUAGCUCUAUGAACCCAGGAGCUCCUAACCCCUCCCUCCGUGCAGCAUGUGGAUGGGAGGACUCUGUGAGCAUAAGAACGACCGUACUGGGUCAGACCAAAGGUCCAUCUAGCCCAGUAGCCU